CUAAAGUCUUCUGGGCUGCUCACCUGUCAGUUCCCCACCAGGACCUUAUCUCCUCCAACCAUACUCAAGUCUCUUGCACAGAAGGCUCAGGACCUUCCUUCUCAGAGCAGCAAUUCCUUUUGGAGUGAAGAUAUUUUCUUCUCUGUUUUUGUGAUCCAUGAUAUAAACAGAUGAUGGGGCUCAUCCGUGAUCGACGAUGUCAUUUUGACUCUGAAAUAAGGGAAGAGCAGGACUCCAACUCUACAGUAACUUCCCAAUAUUCUUUUACAAAAAGACAAAAAGGAAGAACCAUACAAAUGAAGAGCAAAUAUACAGCAAGUGAAUCUCUACUAUUUCUCCGUCGAUUCAUUGCAGUGGCUAUGGGCAUAAGGUUCUUCGUGAUGAUGACCAUGUUAGUCACUAUAUUCAUUCACUUUUCUAACCCAAAGGCUCCAAGAAACACAGAUGGAUUUUACUGUGGCCCAUGUCCUAAGAAUUGGAUUUGUUACAAAAAUAUCUGCUAUUUAUUUUCUAAUGAAAGCAAAAGUUGGAUUCAGAGUCAAGCUUCCUGCCUAUCUCACAGUUCCAGUCUCCUUAAAAUAUAUAGCAAGGAGGACCAGGAUUUCCUUACACUGGUAGAAAUAUACCAUUGGAUAGGACUAAUACAAUCUACACCUGAUGGGUUCUGGAUGUGGGAAGAUGGUUCACCUCUCUCUCCUGACCUAUUUUCUUUGGUUUUAAUGCAAAGAGGAAACUGUGCAGUGUAUAGCUCCAAUUUCAAAGGCUACACAGAGAAUUGUUCAAACAAAAAUAAUUACAUAUGUAUGCACAAGGCAAUUCAUUCUAAUUUUGAUUACCAGAACACAUGGAAUUAAGACAAUGGAAAGACAACUCUAUUUGAAUAUUCUCCUUGGAGAAUUUUUUUUUAAACAGUGAUCAUCAGGACCUCUCAGCUCCUAACUUCAAAACUUUUCAAAUUUCUCUUCUCCAGAUUUAGGAAAAGCUUAUUCCUCAAUUUGUUUAAUAUUUAUAAUUUUAUUUUUCCCAAAUUACAUGUAAAAUACAAAUUUUAACAUCAAUUUUUAAGACUUUGGGUUCCGAAUUCUCUUCUUUCCUCCCUCUCCACCCCACCCCCACCCAAGAACUCAAGAAAUUCAAUAUAAACUAUGCAUGAGCAAUCAUGCAAAACAUUUAUGCAUUAGCAAGGUUGUGAAAGUGUGAGUGAGA